ACCCACCACCGGUCCUCUGAAUGGCUAGUGAACUAUUCACAGAAACACACUCGUCCCCACACUCCCCUCUGUCCGUUCCGCUGGACUCCCCGUUAGCAGCGACUGUGCCCGACCAGUCUAUGCAAGUACGGGUCCAUGAUUUGGACCAACCUGAACUGGUUAUCUUAAUGGUCCGAACUGCCACGGCUGCCUUGACAAACCAGCUUUCCAAAUGGAAGGCCUUCCCCUAACUAACCGAAACUGCCCCGUUUCUCUGAGAUGCCUCACAGUGCUUAAUCCAGUUCGCUGGACGAUGAUGGUGAAGAUAGCCCAUCUGGAUCUGGACCCUUACUGCACUCAUUGUGACUCCCAUAGCGAGACUCGCGCACCCCUACAAGAACCCGCUAUACGCGUCUCCCCGUCUCGAGUGCCAUUUCACCACACUCCACGGUCCUCUUCUUCAACGGAUCUUCACGUUCCGACGCCCCCGCUCGGUCUCAACACCGACAACAUGCCCCCCAAACCAAAAACCCCCGCUACCACGAAAAAGGAACCUCCAAAGACCCAAACUCUCAUCGCCAGCGCCAACACCGGCCUCACUUUUACCCGGCGACCUGUCGUCGCCUCACCGGCGACAGCGACGGCGACUCCACGACAGGGAAAGCUCUCCGCGUUCGGCUUCGCAAAGAAGAAGAAAGAUGUGGUGGAGAAGAAGGGUGUGGAGAAAGAGGAGGUGAUUGUGCAGGAAACGCAGUUCGCCGGGUUGACGCAGAGUCCCGGGUUCGAACCUUCCGACGGCGAGGAUGAGGAUGAAAUGGGCACGGGACUGAAGCCGAGGUUCGAAGGCGUCGCUAGGAGGCGGGGAAGUCGGAAGGAAGUGAUGAGGAUGGCUACGCCGCCGUUGACGGAAGACGCUACGCCGCCGUUGCCGAUGGACGUCGUCAGAGAAGCACAGCUUGGGGUCGGCAGACGAGGGGAGCGUCAGGCCGUCGAAACCCCGCCGACGCUGCGGAAACGGAAGAUCGAGACCGAGACACAAGACCCGACGCCGUCACCGACGGUGAGACGGAAGAGGAACAUCACCCCCACCCCGUCCCCGCCUCCGCCUCCGCCUCCGCCAAUACCGCACGAUGAUAGAGUCCUCAUGCCGCCGCCUCCCGUAACACCAAAGCGUCCCGCGAACAAAAAGUUUCCGGACGAGAUACCGUGCUCGCAGAGCCCCGUGCCUAGCCCGCUUAAGACGCAGGUAACGCCGGGGAAGUUCGAGAUGCCGGUUUCGCCGUUGAAGGCCAGGAGCGUAGCCUCAAGGACUGUAGUGAGGAGUAGUCAGUGGUACGAAAAUGAGGAUACUCAGGGCGUUUUUGACUCGGUGGAGGCUGGGGAUGCAUCACCGCUCUCGCCGCUGCCAAAGACAACGCCUGAGCCGCUGGGAUUCGAUAUGCCGAAGCAUAAACAGAAGCAUAAGCCCCCGUUCCCCCCUCCUAUGGAUCCAGUCUCCACCGGUUUCUCCUCACAAAUCCAAACUCCCGCCACUCCCCCACACCCAUCUCCCCGCACCCCUCCAGCCGCACGAACACCACCGGGCAUCGUGCCGGAAACACCACCGCACCCGGCUUCCCAGCGUUAUCAAGGAAUAAACCAAGCAACCGCCUCCUCCGCCAGCGCUCUCUCGCCCAAAGCGUUCUUUUCGCAGACGCAGUCACAAACCCAGGGCUCACAUCGGCAUCCAUCGCGCUCACCGAGCAGAACAGCCACGACAGCCACGACGCUGUUCUUCUCCACCGCGCGCGAGAUGCCAUCCCCAAGCAAGCCCAGCCCGGCAAAACACCAUACCCCUCCCAGGCCAGAUAUAGAAGACGGAGAGGAAGACGACGACUUCGACCUGGACUUGGACCUGGACCUGGACCUGGACCUGGACUCGCAGCCAAUACGCUACCCCAUCACCGUCUCGCCCACUGUCUCGCUGCACUCCACUCUCACGCCCACCCACUCCUCCUCCGACGAUACGGAAGAAGAAGAAGAAGACCCACCGCAAUCGUUCCACCCCGUGCGCACCCAGCAGUUCUCAGAGAGUAUGUAUGUGCGCAAGUUCGACGACGACGACGAGGAGGAGGAGGAGGAGGAGGAGGCGCGGCGGCGGGGAGGGAGGAAGGAUAGGGAAGGGUGGAGGGAUGCCGAAGACAUUACUACCAGUCAGUUGCUCCCCGACACCUUGAUGGAGACGUUUCCGCUGCCGGAUAGUUGGGAGGAGACGCAGUAGGUAAUGGUGAGCCCGGGCGUUGGUUGAGAUCACGAUGAAUGGGAUGGGAUGGGCCGGGAAGGGGGUUACAUCGUGGCUUUUCUUUGGCGGUCAUCAAGUAUAUGUGUGUAUCAUAUGAGCGUCGCUGUCCGGUACAGCUUCUUUUAAGUUUUCGGGCACGUAUCGGAAUGGAUCGGGAGCAUUCGGCCUUGCGGUUUCUCUCUCUCUCUCUUGAGAGAACGGAUGGAAUGAUUGGGCCACAUAGGUAAAGUACUAGGUUAAAAGUUAUCGCCAGAGGGCCGUUUUACACCAAAAAUGGCCACUUUCACACGACUAAACUCAUCCUUCCUCUGAC